UGGCAGAUUCAGAAAUGUCGUAGGUUUUGAUGAACGAUUUAGAAUGUUUCUAAAUCGAAUUAACUAAAUUGUUCAGUGUUUUUAUUCGAUGUUUUUAUGUUUAAAUUAUUAAUCCCAUAUUGUAGUUAAAUAGGUUCGGUGUCAGUAGCCUAGGAUCGGUAACAUGGGGCAGACUGACAAGCCGAAGAAACCUAGAAGGCCUUAUGAAGAAAUCGGGGCCUUUUUCAAUGGAAAUGCGGUAAAAAUAAGAGUGCCAAAGAGCACGUCGAAGCCACCGAAGCUGACGCCGUCGCAGAUGAAGCUGCAGCAGCAAUGCACGUGCGAUGACGACGAGUCUGUCUGCUCCGAGUCCUGCGGCCUGUCCGAAGGUGGAGGUGGUGCUGGGAACAAACUUAAUUUCCAGAUACCUGACGACUUAUGUGAGGGUCUGACCAACCGGAAUGCACUAAACUCAGAACUCACAUAUAGCAAGGGCAAGGAAGAACACGAGAACAUGUGCAACAUCUGCAAUGUGACACCUUCCAAUGCACCUAAAGGGGUCAAAGCCCAAAAAGUCUUGCAUCCUGAUAAAGACGUAUUCGUCCUGAAGAUUGGAAAACAGACUGACGAGCCUAACCGUACAGGCAAUAUAGAGGUGGAAUUGGUUACUCCUCGGGCUCCAGCAAAGCCCAGGCCGGCGACCCACUCGUGCAAGGAGAUCCAGUGCGAGGAGUGCGAUAUCCCGUGCUGCAUGCCGUGCCGUGUGUGCCGUGGAGGCGCGCCCAAGAAGAGGAAGUCGCGCCGCCCUAGAUGUUGCCCAUAAACUAAUGUACCUACGCGUGUUCAUUGAAAAAAAAUCAAAACCUAAGAAAAAUUGAAAAAUAAAUUAUUUUCAUUGCA